AUGCUGCUCACAAAACUUGCGCCCAUGAGGUCUGCAGCACGUCACAUGCCGUUACUGUGCAUCCCACUUCAUACCGCUCGUCACACUGCCACUGUGGGUGCGAGCGGCGCCUCUGGGCGUGUAGGGGAGGACCACCGCCACAGUUCAUUGGAAGAGACUUUACUUCAUCCUCCUUUCAUUGGUUCGUCUUCACGCUUCACGUAUGCCUUACCUGCUUUAGACUCCGAUGAUAUAGCGGCUUUGGAGAGGGAAACACUUAACCAUCACGAACCAAACUGCUGGAACGACUACUGCUGUGUCUCCCUUGUGAAACUGCUCCGCUGGUGUGCCGAUAAGUUAUUCCGUGAGCGUUACAUUCACAGGGCUACAAUGUUGAAAGCGAUUGCGCCUGCACCGGCGAUGGCUGGGGCCAUCGUUGCCAACCUGCGGAUGUAUUUGAGGAAAAAGGACGCGACAUAUUUGCCAAGUGACGGCAACUUUUCGUCAGAGGUUCGAGUGCUAAUGGCGCAGAUGGAGUCCCACGCCGCACAUGUCAAUAUCCUCUUGUCAAUGUGCGAGAUAACGACCGUUGAGCGCGUCGCCGCCGUUCUUCUUUAUGGGCUUCAUUAUUUCAUAUUUACCCUUCUAUUCCUCCUGUAUCCGCGAAUGGCGUUUCGGCUUAUGGGUUACCUUAACGAGGAAUCCGUAGUUAUUUGGACGCACAUGAUAAACGACGUAGAGUUGGGGAAGAUUGUUGAGCGACCAAUACCUCGUGCGGCGCUUCAGUACUGGGGACUUCAUCGUUUCCACCACCGCCAGAAACAACAAUCUCAUACAAAGAGCUAUGUCACAGAAAAAGAGGAAGAGGGUAGGAGGGUCAUGCAUAACAAUGAAGCCUCUUCUGCCAACCCCAGUGGUGACGGUGCCGCAGAGAAUGGAGGGGAGGAUGGAGAUGUGUCGAAGCGUGGACUUACGCUGCGUUAUAUGCUGCUGUUAUUGCGCUCGGAUGAGAUGGUCUGGCGCGACUCAUGCCACGCGGCUGCGGACGCUAUAGACGAAAUGCACGAGGUGCAAUAA